GGUCCGCGACCCGGCCGGGCUGGGCCUGGGCGGGGUCAAGGCGGGGCGCCUCGGGCCCGCCCAGCUGGAGUCGGCACCGCCCGCCGAGUCCCGUGACGCUGGUCCGAGAGCGCGGGUCACGAGUGCCAGCGCGGCCGAGGGCGGUGGCAGCGGCGGCGACGACAUGGCUUCGGAGCUGGACGUGCGCGCCCGGCUGCAGCGCGCCGGCCAGGAGCACCUCCUGCGCUUCUGCGCCGAGCUGGCGCCGGGGCCGCGUGCCGCGCUGCUGGCCCAAUUGGAGCCCCUGGAGCCCGAGGCGCUGCGCGAGCACUGCCGGCGCGCGGCCGCCGCCUGCGCGCGCCCCCCGGCCCCCGCGCCUGACCUGGCCGCGCGCCUGCGGCCCCUGCCUCCCGAGCGCGUGGGCAGCGCGAGCGGGGUCGCCCCCCAGACGCGGCGGCUCUGGGAGGAGGAAGGUUUCCACCAGAUCGCCCUGAACAAGGUGGCCGUGCUGCUGCUGGCUGGUGGGCAGGGCACUCGCCUGGGCGUGACCUACCCCAAGGGCAUGUAUCAGGUGGGGCUGCCCAGCCAGAAGACCCUGUAUCAGCUGCAGGCAGAACGGAUUCGGCGGGUGGAGCAGCUGGCUGGCGAGCGCUAUGGGACCCGCUGCACCGUGCCCUGGUACAUCAUGACCAGUGAGUUCACGCUGGGGCCCACAGCCAAGUUCUUCAAGGAGCAUGACUUCUUUCACUUGGACCCCAACAACGUGGUCAUGUUUGAGCAGCGCAUGCUGCCUGCUGUGACCUUCGAUGGCAGGGCCAUCCUGGAGCGGAAAGACAAGGUUGCCAUGGCGCCAGAUGGCAACGGGGGCCUGUACUGCGCGCUGGCGGACCACCAGGUCUUAGAGGACAUGGAGCGGCGCGGAGUAGAGUUUGUGCACGUGUACUGUGUGGACAACAUCCUGGUGCGACUGGCCGACCCGGUCUUCAUCGGAUUCUGCGUGCUGCGGGGUGCCGACUGUGGAGCCAAGGUGGUGGAAAAGGCGUCCCCCGAGGAGCCGGUGGGCGUGGUGUGCCAGGUGGACGGCGUCCCGCAGGUGGUGGAGUACAGCGAGAUCAGCCCCCAGACGGCCCGGCUGCGUGCGCCCGGAGGGGGCCUGCUCUACAACGCGGGCAACAUCUGCAACCACUUCUUCACGCGAGACUUUCUCCAGAUGGUCACCAGGGAGUUCGAGCCCUUGCUGAAGCCACACGUGGCUGUGAAGAAGGUCCCCUACGUGGACGAGGAGGGGAAUCCAGUAAAGCCACUCGAGCCCAACGGGAUAAAGAUGGAGAAGUUCGUGUUUGAUGUGCUCCCGUUUGCCAAGAACUUCGUGGCCUUCCAAGUGCUGCGGGGGGAGGAGUUCUCCCCUCUGAAGAACGCUGACUCGGCUGAGAGAGACAACCCCUCCACGGCGCGGCGGGCCCUGCUCGCUCAGCACCACCAGUGGGCCCUGCAGGCGGGAGCCCACUUCCUGGACGCACACGGGGCCCGGCUCCCCGAGCAGCCCAGCCCACCCGGCAGUGGAGAGCCUCCGGCCAUCUGCGAGAUCUCGCCCUUGGUGUCAUACUCCGGAGAGGCUGACUUGGCAUCUCACCCGGAGCCCAGGGACUGGAUACCUGGUCAUCAUGACCUGCUUGUUUCCAGGGACUGGAGGUGUACCUGCAAGGCCGGGAGUUCGAGUCCCCGCUCAUCCUGGACGUGGACAUGGCCAGGACACUGCAGGCCUGACUCCCUCCUAGACCUGCCAGCUCCGGGGUCCCCAAGGCUGAGGACGCAGCCUCGGCCUGGGCUCCAAGGAGGAAAGCAGGCUGCUCUGAGUUUCUGGCUGCAGAACAUGGAUCACAGAAGUAAGCAUGCUGGUUCACUCCACGAGGGUGGGAACUGUCCCGCCACCCGGUCCCCUGGGCCCAAGUGACCCCAGGCCUGCCGUGGGCCCACUUGGCCUCUCUGGCUUUGCUCCUGCUGUGGGGUCCGGACCGCAGGCAGAGGGACUCAGGACCUGGCGCAGCGGGGCUCAGAAGAGGCUGAUGGGGGGCCCGAGGGAGGUGUGGCGGCAUCGGCUGAGAGCCGCACCGGCCUGUCUGAGCUGAGACCUGAUGGGACGGGACGGGGCAGGACGGCGUGGUGGCUCCUCGGCCCCAGGCGAACCCGCGUGGCGAGGAGGAGAAGCAGCCGCCCCGCGCUUUUCUGUGGAGAUGAGGACGGUGUCCUCCCCUCGCAGGGCGGCAGGUUUGCAGCAGCUGCCCCUCCCGCCCUGGCAGCUGAACCUGGGGCCGCAGCCCAGCCCCCUUCCGCGCCCGGCUGAGACCGACAGCAGGUCGGGAUGGCUCUCUGGAAGCUUGGCCUGCACGCCUGGCACUGAGUUCUCUGGAGUUCCGCCCGAGGCCUCAGCCCCCAGGAACCAGUGGGACCGGUGCUGAUGCUGGAGGCUCCCGUGGUGGUCGAUUAGUCUGGAGUUUAACCAGGAGGGGCGCGCCGUCCCCGCCCAGCCUGCCGGUGGCUUCUGACAGAUCCCGGGGCUCACGCUCCGCCCCUGCUCUCUGGGGAGGUGUGGGGGGCGCAGCCUCCGUAUUUGGGGCCGUGGCCCCCUUGCUGCACCCCCGCAGCUUGGCCGAGGCAGGGAGAAACCAGCUGGCUCUGGUCUCUUGCCCCUGGCGUGGCUGCUCGGGGUCCCAGUGCCCACUUCCCCGUCUGGAGGGCAGCACAGCGGCACCUGCCUCUUCCUGCUGAUGUGAAGAGCAUCACGAAAUGCGGCCCGCUGCUUAGCCGAGGCCGCCUGCCCCCUUGCCGCCCCGCAGUCCGCGCGCGGCCAUGCUUUCCCCGGGAAGGCCGCUGUCCGGCGGUGGGUCCAGAGGCGGUGAUCCCUCCAGCGACUUGGAGUGGACGGGGGCUGCGUCCACGCCUCCCGGCCUGGGUGUGAUGGCGGGGUCAGGGCCGCGCCCAAGGCCCGCAGGACGACUUUGCAUCCAUCCAGGCUCUGCCACGCUUUUCAAGCCUCAGAAUCGAACCUUGUGCCUUAGUUUCCUUCUCCCCGCUGCUCCACAGGCAAGCAGAGGGCCUGGGGCAGAGGAGGGUCACCAAGGGGGAGGCCGAGGUUGAGGCUCCCGCCACGGCCCAGGGGCUCCUCACUGCCACACCAGGACACCCAGCAACCUUUUUUCUAUGCAAGUAGAGGUAGUUGGGUAAACUGUUGAAGCAGCUCGCUUUCGAAAAACCUUUUUAUUUUCACGUGAAGUUUCACACAUAGCACAGAAGGGGUCCGGCGUACCCUGCACUGAGUUUCCUGCAAUGCUCGCAUCUUCCGUGAUGCUAGGACACUGUGACCAGGAGACCCUGCUUGUGCUGAGUCCUUUCUCACAGGUGAGGCUCCCUGUGCCCGCUUUGCACUCAGGGGGCAGCCCGGUCGGUGGGUCCCUUCGCCACAAGGGCCUCCCUCCUGCUCCCUUGAGGGCCACACGCCCCCACCAUCUCUAACCCAGAUGGCCGCUAGCGAAGCAAUUGAGUUGGAAGACGGCAGACCCUCGAUUUUCCACAGAAUGUGGGGAUUUCCAAUAAACACGAGGUGCUGUGAUGCA